AAUGGAGGCAUUUGAAGUUUUUCGAGUGUAGCUCAAAAACCUUACAUGUGGAAGGAGAUUAUGUUCUUGAGAUUCAAGUAAAAAUGGACAUUUUUAGAGAACUUAGGGAACUUUGGGGUAACCAGAAGAGGGAAGAAGAAGAGGGUGUCAUUUCUGUGGAGCCGAUUGCCAUGGUAGUGCCAUCGGCGUUGCAAGACUUGCUAGAGUCUAUCACUCUAGAGAGCAGCGCCAGUUCCAGUACUAUUGGUCGUUCCGGUGACCGCCAUUCUCCAUCCUUUAAGAGUUCAUCUUCUAAGGUGACACCCAGUGAUGGGGAAGGUGCGAGGACAGGCCUUGGCAGUCCCUCAGCGACAAAUAUAGAGGAAAGUGCCCCAGUGGUUGAAGAAUGGGAGAAUAAAACCAUUGGUGGAAAACUGGACAACAUCCGCAAGGCACCACAGAGUUUGCCUGUUGGUUUUAGAUUUAGGGCGGCCUUGCUUCAUGAGGUAACUGAUGGUGCUGCUACAAUAAAGGGUUUUAAGAAGUUGGGAGAAAUGAAUCAGUUGUUGGCGUAUGUGAAAAAGGAGGGGUUGGUAGACCUAGAAAGCUUGGUUACCCUAAAGCAAUUAGGAGUUUUUGGGUUUGUGGAUAUCGCAAACCUCUAUAGCGAAGCUCGUCCCAUUGAGAACAAGGUUCUAGCUCGGUGUCAAGAUCCCAUGUUGAGCAGAAAGUUGAAGCCUUGCCUUUGGAUUCCUAAAAGCCCCAUUCAACCUACCGUAGCAUGUUCAUCUAACGUGCUCGCUUCCCUCGCGCGCAACGAUACCGAGACUGGGUCGGCAUCAACAUCUGCAUUUGCAUCUAGCCCCAGGAUUGCGUACCUAGAAGAUCGACAGCAUGCCAAGGGCUACAUACAGCAGAAUGACGGUCAUGUUGCCAUGUUGAAACUGAUGGACGCCCGCGAGCUCACUGAAAGCUAUAAGUGGUUAACUACCGAGAAGGCAAGCUUAGAAGACGAGCUAGAAAAGGCUUUAGCUGAGAAGGAAAGUGGCGUUCAGGCCACCAAGGAUGAGGCCGGUCUUGCUAAAGAAUGCGCUAAGAGGGCGGAGUUUAAGAGGGAUAAUGCUCUAAACGAGUUGAGCUCCCUGAGGCAACGGGUGGCUAUGGGAAACCAAAAUCUUGUCCAUAUUGAAAAAGCCUUGAACAAGACAAAGAGGGUAUUACGGCACCGACUAGACUUCCUAAUUGGCGAGUUGGCCUUUUUUGAGGUGGAGGAAAUCGACGAGCAAGGUAAGAGUCUUGCCUCUCUAGCUGACACCACCGUGCGGCUAAAAUGGGAACUGAACGAGGAUGGAGUGCCCAUAUGGCCUCCAUCUAUUCUUGAAGAAAGUGAGGAUUUAGAGGGUUUACCAAGCUUUGAUGCUUGGGUGGCCGAGGUGCCUAAGAUAGAGGCUGAACCUUCUAGUACUCCACCAACUUCUUAGCCCGUUACCGCUCCAGCUAAUUCUCCUCUAGCUCAUGCUGAUGCAUCUGUCUUUGUAGACUUGACCAAUGACUAGGGUGUUAGGUUUUUCAUUUUCUUUUGCAUUUUGUGUAUUUGUGUUUUGAUGUUUUGAACGAUUUCCAUAUUUUCUCCUGUAUUGUAAAUUAUGAUUUAAGAGAAAUACAAUCGGGAAGAUACUUUUUUGUAGAAAUUGUGUAUUCAUUAAACUUUGAAUAUACACUUUAGAUCUUC